CAACGAUGGUAGAAGAAGCUCCAGCACCGGCCAGCUCGGCCCCCGCCAAGGCUCCCAGCGUCGGCGAGCUGAUCGUCAAAGCUGUUUCCGCUUCCAAGGAGAGGAGCGGCGUGUCCAUGGCCGCCCUGAAGAAAGCUCUGUCUGCAGGUGGAUACGACGUGGAGAAGAACAACUCCCGCGUCAAACUCGCCGUCAAAAGCCUGGUGACCAAGGGCACCCUGGUGCAGACCAAGGGCACCGGCGCCUCAGGCUCUUUCAAGCUCAACAACAAGCAGACCGAGGAGAAGAAACCCGCGGCCAAAAAAGCCGCCGCUCCUAAAGUGAAAAAGGCCGCAAAGAAACCCGCCGCUGCAAAGAAGCCCAAGAAGGUAACAGCCAAGAAACCAGCAGCUAAGAAGUCCCCCAAGAAGGUCAAGAAACCCGCUGCUGCCGCUAAGAAAGCCACCAAGAGCCCUAAGAAAGCUAAGAAGCCGGCGGCAGCCAAGAGUCCUAAAAAAGCCAAGGCAGCCAAACCCAAGACCGCUAAACCCAAAGCGGCCAAGGCCAAAAAAGCUGCCCCCAAGAAGAAGUAAACAUGUUCCUGUUUUCUUAUUUUUGUUUUAUUAA